AUGGUGCCUGCCAAACACAGCUACUUAAACGACACAGCAAGUACUGGAAGGGGAUAUUUGGAAAGGAACUUCCCAACUUCAAUAUAUAACAGAUCCUCAGCCAAACUAAAUCCUAUGCAGGUGCACUUUCUGUUAUGUGAGCCCGCUUAUCUCAGAGCUACUGCAGUGACAGUGGAUGUGUUUUUGUCCACGGUAUUUGACAUCGAACGCUUAGUUAUCGGCAGGCACCAUCUUGUGCAUAUUUCCAUCGCAUUCAUCCUCAUUUUGGGAAUGUGGGCUUAUGAAGUAGCAUCUCGAGAGCUCCAAGAGCCAUCCAUGUCUGCCAGGCAUGAGCAAUGGAUGGCAACUUUUGGAAAGGUCUAUGCAGAUGCUGCAGAGACAGAAAGACGGUUCGAGAUAUUCAAGGACAAUGUUGAAUACAUAGAAUCAUUCAAUACUACUGGAAACAAACCGUAUAAGCUAAGUGUUAAUAAAUUUGCAGACCAAACCAAUGAAGAGCUCAAGGUCGCCCGUAAUGGUUAUAGGAGGCCACUUCAGACACGGCCAAUGAAAGUAACAUCAUUCAAGUAUGAAAAUGUUACUGCUGUUCCUGCUACCAUGGACUGGAGAAAGAAAGGUGCGGUUACUCUUAUCAAGGACCAAGGCCAGUGUGGCAGCUGCUGGGCCUUUUCCACCGUAGCAGCUACCGAGGGCAUCAAUCAACUCACCACAGGUAAAUUGGUCUCCCUAUCUGAGCAAGAGCUUGUAGACUGCGACAUCCAGGGUGAGGAUCAAGGAUGUGAGGGUGGUCUCAUGGAAGACGGUUUUGAAUUCAUAAUCAAGAACCAUGGCAUCACAACUGAAGCUAACUACCCUUACCAGGCAGCUGAUGGGACUUGCAACUCAAAAAUGGAGGCAUCCCGCAUAGCCAAAAUAACUGGCUAUGAAAGUGUUCCGGCUAACAGUGAGGCAGCAUUGUUGAAGGCUGUGGCCAAUCAGCCAAUUUCUGUUUCCAUUGAUGCAGGAGGCUCUGACUUUCAAUUCUAUUCAAGUGGUGAUUUCACAGGACAGUGUGGAACUGAGUUGGACCACGGUGUUACAGCAGUUGGCUAUGGAGAAAUCAGUGACGGUACCAAAUAUUGGCUUGUGAAGAAUUCAUGGGGCACUAGCUGGGGCGAGGAAGGAUACAUAAGGAUGCAGAGAGACACAGAAGCCGAAGAAGGUCUCUGUGGCAUAGCGAUGGACUCUUCUUAUCCAACUGCCUAA